UUUUUUUUUUUUUGGUUUCUCUGUUCUGCCCUUGUCUUAAAUUUGACACGUUAAAGCCGGCAUUUCGAUAAACAAAAUAAAGGGUUUGGAUUUAUUUUAGAAAGUUUUUAAAUUUUUUUUCUUUUUAGGAGGUGGGUUUCUUUGUGUCUCUAGCUUUUUGGCUUCCUGAUCUCCCUCUUUCCUUUCGGAGUGGGAGAUGGUUGAGCUUAGUAUUUUUGUUCUUUUGGGGGGUUUUGGUAUGUGAAAAUUUUGAGAAAUCUGAGAUAUGGGUUGAGUUGGGUUUUGGGUGAGAAAUUCAUUUCAGGUGGUUCUUUGUGUGUGUGUGUGUCUUUGUUAAAGAGAGUGUAAAGAGAAAAUGAGUUGCUUUUCUUGCAUUAACCCACGAAGGAAAGGUGUGCGCAGGGUCGAAACUGAGAAUGCCCCACGAUCUACUUCUGGUCAUUCUGCUGAUUCCUCAGUUAGUGGAAAGGGAAGGAGGGACUCUAAUCUUAAUGAGAAUGGGAAAGGCAAAGAGGGUUUGAAUGAUAGAAAGUGUGGCAACCCGAAAUCCAGUGCAGCUCGUAGUUUUACAUUUCGUGAGCUUGCGGCGGCCACAAAAGGUUUUAAGGAGGUGAAUCUAAUUGGGGAAGGGGGUUUUGGAAGGGUUUACAAGGGCAAACUUGAAGCCAAUCAGGUUGUUGCAAUUAAGCAACUUAAUCAUGACGGCCUCCAGGGAUUUCAGGAAUUCAUUGUGGAGGUUCUCAUGUUAAGCUUGUUACACCAUUCUAAUCUGGUCACCUUGAUUGGCUAUUGUACUGAUGGAGAUCAAAGACUUUUGGUUUAUGAGUACAUGUCAAUGGGUAGCUUGGAAGAUCAUCUCUUUGAUAUGGACCCUGGCAAAGACCCUCUGAGUUGGAAUACACGAAUAAAGAUUGCUGUUGGUGCAGCUCGGGGCCUUGAGUAUCUCCACAACAAAGCAAGUCCCCCUGUUAUCUACCGUGACUUGAAAUCUGCAAAUAUUUUGCUGGACAAUGACUACAAUCCAAAACUGUCAGACUUUGGGCUUGCCAAACUUGGACCUGUUGGUGAUCAUACUCAUGUUUCAACUAGAGUAAUGGGAACUUAUGGUUAUUGUGCACCAGAGUAUGCCAUGAGUGGCAAAUUGACCCUUAAAUCAGAUAUCUAUAGCUUUGGUGUGGUUCUUUUGGAGUUGAUCACCGGCCGGAGGGCAAUAGACGCCACUAAGAAGCCAGGAGAGCAGAACCUUGUUACUUGGUCUCGUCAAUUUUUAAAGGACCGAAGGAAAUUUGUUCAACUAGUAGAUCCUUUGUUGCAAGGGCGCUUCCCUCUUCGUUGUUUGCAUCAUGCAGUUGCUAUUACUGCCAUGUGUAUUCAGGAGCAGCCAACUUUCCGCCCUCUUAUUGGUGAUAUUGUCGUGGCUCUCGAGUACUUGGCUGCUCAGAGCAACACCUCUGAACUCCAUAAUGGCCGGGUCCGCAGUCCCACAGUUCAAUCACCUUCAAAACCACAAAGUGAUGUCUCUUGGGAAUCAGAUUGUAGAACAAGUUCAACUUCAGCUUGAAUGUUGUCAAGAAAAAAGCUGCCAAAACGCUUUGAUGAACAGUGUGCUGCCUUGUCAAAUUUGGAAGAGAGACCUGUUGAAAUCCAUUUUCCAAAUGUAAUAUACCUUUAUAUAAAUCUCCAGAAUGCGUAUAUAUAUGUAUGCUUUAUGUGUGUAUAUAUAUAUAUAUUCAGUUUUUGGAUUCUAUAGCUUUUUUGUAUGAAAAUCAGUUAGGUGCUUAUGAUUGGGUGACAUAUAUAAUAGACGGGGAAAGAGUCCACUUUUGUGCAGCUGAAAUUGGAAUCAAAGUGGAGAAGCCCUUGCUUCUUUUUGGACCUCGUAUUGUAAUAUUUCUUAAUUUCUUAGCCAAGCAUGAUUAAGGGUUCAAAGAAGAAAAAGAAGUUGUCUGGAGACAAUACAGGGUUUUCAUUUUCUUGUGAGUAUUUAUUGUCUAAUAAAUUCUUGAAUGUAUAUUAGAAAAAAAUUAAUCAGUUGCUUCA